AUGGCUGUUUUCGGCCUCGUUUCAUCAGUUGCCGGUUUCGUUAAAGUCCGGUACCUGGUCGAUAAAGCCAUUAUAGACAAUAUGAUAUUCAGGUUUCACUAUCGUAUAACAUCAGCUUUAUUAUUUGCUUCAUGCAUUAUAUUAACGGCGAAUAAUUUAAUCGGUGAUCCGAUUAAUUGUAUAAACGAUGGAGCCGUACCCGAUCACGUGAUAAACACAUACUGUUGGAUCACGUACACGUUCACUCUUCCGUAUCAAAUGAACAAACUUCAGGGACGAGAAGUUGCUCAUCCGGGUAUAGGGAAUCAAAUAGCCGAUCAAGAAGAAUCCGAAAGGUAUCACAGUUACUAUCAGUGGGUACCUUUCAUGUUAUUUUUCCAGGGAGUUCUUUUUUACAUUCCACAUUGGGUAUGGAAAAAUUGGGAAGAAGGUAAAGUUCGAAUGGUGACUGAUGGAAUCCGUGGUGCCGCCAUUGGAACCAAACAAAUGAGAAUCAACAAACAGAAUCGUCUCGUAGAAUAUUUCGUUAACACUUUACACAUGCACAAUUUAUACGCGGCAGGUUAUUUUUUCUGCGAAAUAUUAAAUUUUAUUAACGUCGUGGGUAAUAUAUUUUUCCUCGACACGUUUUUAAACGGAGCUUUUCUCAAAUACGGAACGGAAGUCAUUAAAUUUUCCGGAAUGAAUCAGGAAAACAGAACGGAUCCGAUGAUUGCAGUUUUUCCACGUGUGACGAAAUGCACUUUUCACAAAUUCGGUCCAUCGGGUUCGAUACAGACUCACGACGCACUUUGCAUAUUAGCAUUAAAUAUCCUUAAUGAAAAAAUAUUCAUAUUUUUAUGGUUUUGGCUGAUUAUAUUAUCGGCAUUGAGCGGUCUCGCAUUGCUUUACAGUUCUAUGCUCAUCGUGUUGCCCAGCGUGAGGGAAAUUGUGCUUAAACACAGAUUUAGAUUCGGGUCACCGACCGGCGUACCUAGCCUCAUUAGAAAAACUCAGGUCGGAGAUUUUCUAUUCCUUCAUUUGCUCGGUCAAAAUAUGGAUCUCCUCGUUUUCGGUGAAAUUUUAGACGAACUCAGUAGACGUCUUCACAUUGGUAAUAAUUUACCAUCGGCUCCAAGCUCUCUAGAAUUGAGCCCCAUAUAUCCAAGUGAAAAAUUACCUGGUGAAAAAGUUCAAUACGGAAAAGAAACGGAGACUUAA